UACACCACCGGGUCAUUAUACUGUCCUCCCGGGUAGAAAUAAAAAUGCCGUACACAUUGUGAUUAAAGUUACAUUUAAGAGUUGUUUACAGUUUUACCUGGGCCGAGGAUUCAGGCCGUCAUCGGGCGUAUUUUUGUUGAUUAUUUGUGCAAGCAAAUAACUUUGCUUUCAGUUGCGAGCAGUUUGGCACAAAUAUGGCUCCAACGAUACAGACACAGUCUCAACGAGAGGACGGCCACAGUAGGCCGUCCUCUCACAGGACUGUUCCAGAGAGGUCAGGGGUGGUCUGUCGAGUGAAGUACUGCAACAGCCUGCCUGACAUCCCUUUUGACCCCAAAUUCAUCACAUAUCCAUUUGACCAGCACAGGUUUGUACAGUAUAAAGCCACUUCUCUAGAGAAGCAGCACAAGCACGAGCUCCUGACUGAGCCCGACCUCGGGGUCACCAUCGAUCUCAUCAACCCAGACACCUACCGUAUUGACCCCAACAUACUGUUGGAUCCUGCUGAUGAAAAACUGUUGGAAGAGGACAUCCAGGCUCCAUCCAGUUCAAAGCGGUCACAGCAGCACGCCAAAGUGGUCCCGUGGAUGAGAAAGACAGAAUAUAUUUCUACAGAGUUCAACAGAUAUGGCGUUUCCAAUGAGAAAGUGGAAGUUAAGAUCGGUGUAUCUGUCAAACAGCAGUUCACAGAAGAAGAAAUCUACAAGGACAGAGACAGCCAGAUCUCUGCUAUUGAGAAAACAUUUGAGGAUGCGCAGAAAUCGAUUUCACAGCACUACAGUAAACCCAGAGUUACUCCUGUGGAGAUACUACCUGUGUUCCCAGACUUCAAGAUGUGGAUCAACCCAUGUGCCCAGGUCAUCUUUGACUCUGACCCUGCACCGAAAGACAUGUCAGGACCAGCUGGCGUGGAAAUGAUGUCUCAGGCCAUGAUCAGAGGUAUGAUGGAUGAGGAAGGAAAUCAGUUUGUGGCCUACUUCCUGCCCAAUGAAGAAACAAUUCGCAAGCGCAAGAGAGACUUUGAGGAGGGAAUGGAUUACAUGCCUGAGGAUCUGUAUGAUUACAAGAUAGCAAGGGAGUACAACUGGAACGUCAAGAACAAAGCCAGCAAGGGUUACGAGGAGAACUACUUCUUCAUCUUCAGAGAUGGAGAUGGUGUUUACUACAACGAGCUGGAGACAAGGGUGCGUCUGAGCAAGAGGAGAGCCAAGGCUGGAGCACAGUCCACCACAAACGCUGUGCUGGUGUGUAAGCACAGAGACAUGAAUGAGAAGGAGCUCGAAGCCCAGGAAGCCCGUAAAGCUCAGCUGGAGAACCAUGAACCAGAGGACGAAGAGGAAGACAUGGACAUGGAUAAGGACGUGCAGGACUCUGGUGAUGACAAAGACAAGGGCAGCGGCAGCGAGGCAGAGAAUUCUGGUAGUGAAUCUGAGAGGGAAGACGAAGACCGGGAACAAAGAGGAGAGGAGGACGAAGAGGACGAGGACAGACAGAAGCGGAGGAGGAAGGCGAGCGGCAGCGGGAGAGAGAGUGGCGAGGAGAGGACCAGAGAAAUGCGAGACGAGGAAGAGAUCUUCGGCAGCGACGACGACAGCGACGAGGACAACGAGAACAACAAGAACUCAGCCAGAAGCAGCGGGGAAGAGGGCAGCGGGAGCGAGGAUGAAGGAGGGAACAGAGGAGGCAGCAGGAGUCGCAGCGCCUCUCCGGCACACAGCGACCGCAGCAGUGACCACUCAGGGACCCGGGCUCAGAGUGGAAGUGGAAGUGAGAGAGGCUCAGACUCCAGUGAUGCCAGUGACAGUGAAUAAGGCCUGUGGUCCGGACAACAUAGUGAUGGCCACUUUUCUUACUUAUAUGUUCAGCACCAAAUUUGGCCGAGUUGCCCUGUUGUUGACUGUAAUAUCAAUAUUAGCUCAGUCCUGGGAUGUAGUUUCUUAUGAUCGCAAAUAUCAAGAAAAAUAUGUGUGCAGGAUGCCGCGGACAUUUUUUUUCAGUGCAGUUUUUAAUUGUAGAUUUAACUCUAGCACAUGUAGCUAUUCGUACACCAAUUUUCUGUUUCUGUCUGUCAGAUAUUCAGUACAGAAUCAUGUGAAACUGUCUUUCUCCCCGCGGCUUUUGAUUUGUCAUUGUGUUACGGCUUUGAAACUGAUAUUAAAAUGCAGGUGACAUUUUGUAACAAU